AUGCCGUCCACCGAGUCAAUCCUCCAGGGCGUCAACGUCCUGGGUGCCGUCACGGACGCCCAGCGCAAGAUUCUGACUCCCGACGCCCUCGCUUUCCUCGCCCUGCUGCACCGCUCCUUCAAUGCCACCCGCAAGUCUCUACUCGAACGCCGCAAGGUCCGCCAGGCCGAGCUGGACCGCGGCAACCUUCCCGACUUCCUCCCCGAGACCAAGCAAAUCAGGGAGAACUCGACGUGGAAGGGUGCCCCGCCCGCCCCCGGCCUGGUCGACCGCAGGGUCGAGAUCACCGGCCCGACCGACCGGAAGAUGGUCGUCAAUGCCCUGAACUCGGACGUCUGGACUUAUAUGGCUGACUUUGAGGACUCGAGCGCCCCGACGUGGGAGAACAUGGUCAGCGGCCAGGUCAACCUCUAUGAUGCCAACCGUCGCCAGGUCGACUUCAAGCAGGGGCCCAAGGAGUACAAGCUGCGUACCGACCGGACGCUGCCUACCCUGAUCGUCCGCCCCCGCGGCUGGCACCUGGAGGAGAAGCACGUCACCGUCGACGGCGAGCCCAUUUCCGGCUCCCUCUUCGACUUUGGCCUGUACUUCUACCACAACGCCCACCAGACUCUCAAGAUCGGCAUUGGCCCAUACUUCUACCUCCCCAAGAUGGAGUCCCAUCUCGAGGCUCGCUUGUGGAACGACGUCUUCAACCUCGCCCAGGACUACGUCGGCCUGCCACGUGGCACCAUCCGUGGCACCGUCCUGAUCGAGACCAUCCUGGCCGCCUUUGAGAUGGACGAGAUCAUCUACGAACUGAGAGACCACAGCUCCGGUCUCAACUGCGGCCGCUGGGACUACAUCUUCAGCACCAUCAAGAAGUUCAGGAACAACUCUAACUUCAUCCUGCCGGACCGCAGCGCCGUGACUAUGACGGUACCCUUCAUGGACGCCUACGUCAAGCUCCUCAUCCAGACCUGCCACAAGAGAGGCGUUCACGCCAUGGGUGGCAUGGCAGCCCAGAUUCCCAUUAAGGACGACAAGGCCGCCAACGACAAGGCCAUGGAAGGCGUUCGCGCCGACAAGCUGCGUGAAGUGCGCGCCGGCCACGAUGGAACCUGGGUCGCCCACCCCGCCCUGGCGGCCAUCGCCUCCGAAGUCUUCAACAAGAACAUGCCGACGCCCAACCAGCUGUUCGUCCGCCGCGAGGACGUCAGAAUCGGCCAAAACGACCUGCUCAACAUGAAUGUCCCCGGCAAGAUCACUGAGGAGGGCAUCAAGAAGAAUCUCAACAUCGGUCUCGGCUACAUGGAGGCCUGGAUCCGCGGCGUCGGUUGCGUCCCCAUUAACUACCUUAUGGAGGAUGCCGCCACCGCCGAGGUCUCUCGCUCCCAGCUCUGGCAAUGGGUGAAGCACGGCGUGUCCACGGCCGAGGGCAAGAAGGUCGACAAGGCCUACGCCCUCAAGCUCCUCAAGGAGUCGGCCGACGAGCUGUCCAGCAAGGCGCCCAAGGGCAACAAAUUCCAACUUGCCGCGCAGUACUUUGCUGGCCAGAUCACCGGGGAGGACUACGCCGAUUUCCUGACCACUCUGCUGUACAACGAGAUCACCACCGUCGGCAACGCACGCCCUGCUGCCAAGUUGUAA